CUCGCGGGAAGAAAAUUUGUGUUUGAUCAUGUUCAUAAACUUUACCUUUUCUUGCAUGAAAAUUUCAAAUAAAUGAUUCCAAAAAUGGUAGAUAAUGGUUAGAUCAUGAGUCGGAGAGAUUUUCGUCGAGUGCCUGACGAUCCUAGAUUCACUGGAGCCCUGAACAAGGCCGAAAGUCAUGUCGAAUCUGGAUCUGAAAGUCAUGUUUCGGCGAAACAAGCCAUUCUAAAAGAGCUGAAUAAAGAUCUAUCGUUACGAGCUGAACGAAUGAAAUUACAAACCCGACAUGGAAUGACAGUUGAGGAGGUGAAUGGUGCAGGAGAUGAAACAACUGUCAAUCAGCUGGCAUCUAAAACUGUCGUUCUACACCCAUCAAGAACUGAGUACAGAAAAGAGACUGGAGAGAUGAAAAAUACAACUGUGUCAUCUAAAAUCCCCACACCAAGCAACCCUAGAGCGAGACGGAGAGACAGAAAGGAAAAAUCAAAAAUCAAUGUCAGAAAUUACAGACCAGAUUAUACUUGGAACCGAGGUGGUCGUGUUAAAGAACUUAGAAUAAGGAAUAUUGCUAGAAAAUAUCUAUAUUUGUGGAUCAAGGGUGUAUUUGGUAGAGUUUUACCCUCUAAAGCUAUAUCUCACUAUAACAAUGUGAUAAGACGUAAGAUAUUUGCCGUGUGGUAUGAAGACUGGUGGGUAAUCAGACAGGAAUGGAGGUUGAUGAUCAGAGCUGAAUGUCAUUAUAGGUAUGUUGUAUGGGGUCAUGUGAUCAAGGCGUGGAGGGAAUAUCUUGCUCGAUGUCGAGAGAAAAAGGCAGCCAUUUAUAAAGCAGAACAACAUUAUAAAAGGGUGUUGAUGAGUAAAAUGGUGGAAGCGUGGAAGAAUUAUAAAAAACAACAGAAACAGUCGAAUGUCAGGGGUCAGACAGCCUUGACCUUCAGACAAAAUCAACUGCUCAGAUCUACCUGGAAUAAAUGGAAGGAAGAAAUGACUAAUGUUGAACAUUAUCGUGAGAUGGAUGGUAUCGCUUUACAAUUCUGGGCAUACAGACUUCAGGCUGAGCACUGGUUUCUGUGGGUUGAAAGAUAUAACGAUAGAAUACAACAAAGAGAGAAGAUAAAGAUGGCAGAGCAGUACUAUAACAGAUGUUUACUGAAGACAACUCUAUCUCAUUGGCUAGUGUACCAUCAACAACGUAAAGUUAAAAUACACACCAAAGAAUAUGGUAAGAAGUUGUAUGAAAUCUCAGUAAAAUUACGCUGUAUAAAAUAUUGGAAAGAAAGAUUACGGCAGUCCUAUGGGUUAAAUGCAUUUCGUUUAAAUUCUGUACAAGUUAGAAUUCAAAGAAUGAGAAAAACCAUGGCAACACAGUUACAUCAUAGACAGGUAUUACGUCAGUACUGGAAUGUUUGGUUAAAACGUUGUGAAGGGAAUGAAGAACUAGAGUUACUUCCCUUAACAGCUAAAGCUAGAAAACAUCACAGAAAUGUGAUAUUGAUGAAAUGUCUGAAAUCGUUGAAAGUUUAUAAAGAAUGGAGAGCUCAUAGAAAGGAACAACAUCUUAAAGCUGAUACUCAUCAUUAUUUACAUCAGAUGCCCAAAUAUUUAUUUGCCUUUAAAGUUUUCCUUCAAAUUUCUAAAAAUCAGAAAGAAAACAAGGAGAAGUCUGUCCAGUUUUAUAGAGAGAGUACCUUGUCUCGAUAUUUUUAUUACUGGGUAGAGACAGCUGACCAGUGUCGUGAAAACCGGCUGGCAGAAAGAAUGGCGUUUCUGCAUUAUGAAGAUUGUUUACGAUACAGAUUCUUUCUGUCAUGGAAACAGAGAACUGAAGAUGUUUUAACAGAGCAAGUUAAAGAGGAACAAGCAACUGAACAUUACAACUGGAAACAUGGUGAGAAACAUUUUACAGCCUGGAGAAAUCAUAUAGUAGAGAUUAAAAACAGGCGUAUUUUGAGACAAUGGUAUGAAAAUGUAAAAGAAAUAAAAGAAGAGAGAAGAAAAGAAGAAGCUGCUGGAAUCCACCAUAAUCUUCAUCUUGUACAGCAAGUGUUUACAACUUGGCAUAGAUAUGCUGUUAUACAUGCUUAUAAAAAAUCUGAAUCACUGAAACUUGAAGAGGAGGCUAGGCAACAUUUAAAUAAAGUAAGAAUAAGAGAGUAUUAUAAGAAAUGGUGUUGUAAGAAAGAAGAGAGUAUCCUGAUUAGAUUACGAAUGGAACAGGCUCGACAACAUCACAAUAAUAAACUGUACAGUACCGUAUUAUUUACUUGGAAACACUUUACUCAACUUGCUCAUAGAAAAACUCUGCUGUCAAGACAAGCUGAAUGGUUCUAUAAAGUUAGACUAACAGCUAAAUAUUAUUUAUUAUGGAAGGAAUAUUUUAAUCAGGCAGAACAAUCUCAGGAAAAAACUCAUCUUGCUUUAUGGCAUUGGAGUCUUAAUCUACAGAAGAAGGUGAUAGAUGGAUGGCUACAAUACAUAGAGGAUAGAAAACGUAAACGAGAAAGAAUAUCAGUUGCUAUGGAAACAAGACGUCAUAGAUUAUUACAAAAUGGCGUGUCUCAAUGGCUGUCGGUGUCUGAUGAUUUGUCGAAAAUGAGGUCACAGUUUGCAGCCCAGCAACAAGCUAAGUCUGCUUAUGAAAGAUUUCAACUCCUUCAGAAGUAUGCCCUUCACUGGAAACAUACAACAGCUUCUAAUGUUGCUCGCCGUGGUGGACCACGUCCAUUGGUUCCUCAGUCUAAAUCAUCCAAUCAGCAUACAGUGAUGAAGUCACAUGAUCCACAAAGACCAAUCAUUGGACAGAAAAUGUCAAGUCUUCCUGAUUUACCAAUACCAGCAUUGAAUAAGACUUCUAUUUCAUCUCCGUUACGAUUAGAACAACGUAAUACAACUGAACACAUAGAAGAUCCAAUACUAACAGCUAUAGAAAGACGUAAACCUCGACGACCUUCAUUUCUGGUGGAAUCUCUAAACAGAGCAGGUCUCUUCCUCACACAAUCAGAUAGCCCACAAGAAGAAAAGGAACGAAAUGGAAUCAGAUCUUCUGCUACGCAGCCUCAAUCAGAUGUUAUUGAUUACCCAAACAGCGCUCCACAAACUCAUGGAGAAACACCACCUAGUGAACCACAUCAACCUCAAAAACCAAGACAUUUAGAGUUCUCUCCCCCUGAUAAUCAUUCCAUUUCCCGUAAUUCAAUUCAAGAUGGCCACCAUGAUGCAGACCUAUCUUCAAAUACCCAGAAAUCAUCGGCAAAUCAACGCAUUUUACAUUCCUCGCCUCUAUCUGGACGUCAAACUCUCCGCCAAUCAACUCUUGCCAUUUCUACGCUGUCGGGUGAUCAAGACAUUCCAAAAAUAAAUUUUGAAUCCACAAAGGAGUUGAACGAGGUUACAUUAUUGAAGCCUGAAGAUUUUAUGAAGAGUCAACAUUCAUUUAAAGUGUUUGAUUCUCAAGACCAUGAUGUGACCAUUACAAAUGAUGUGUUGUUGAAUUCUGAGCGAAAUCUAGGAUCAGAGCGACACCAAAAUCUGGAACCAAAAGCAAAUUCUGUGCCAAAGGCUGUACCAAAAGAUAUGUCCUACCAAGAAGAGCUAGUUUUUAUCAGAAAUGUUUUGAAAAAAUUUGAUGCAGACAAGAAAAGACUAAAAAUAUUACAGAAACAAGGUAAACAUCUAUCUAGCUGGAUACAAGAUGAGUCAAGAUGUAUGAUUGAUGAUGAUGGAGAUGAUGAAAUAAAUAUUGAACAAGUACAGCAAGAACUUCAGGAGGUGAUAAAGGAAGCAGAAGAAUUAAAGAUGAAAGUGAAUGAAGAUAAAAUAAAUUGUCAAAGAUUGGUGGAACGAUCAAAAAUAUUACUUCAACUUAUGAAUAAUACAGUCUAG